AUGCUGAGGAGACGUAACCUCCUUACCACGCUCCUGAUUGCCUUGCCAUGGGCUCUUCUCCUGACCUUGUGGCACCAGUACCCAACCACCCACUACCUCAGCCUGCUGAGAAAAGAGGCAGAGGAGAACGUGACCACUAAAGCUCUCCUCAACGGGACGGCCGUGCUGAGGGAGGAGGGGCUCCCGACCUGCGGGCGGCCCCAGCACGGGGCAGGGGCAACGCCCAAGGUCCUCCAGAGCUAUGUGUACUCCAGACCUCCCCCCUGGUCAGACAGCCUCCCGACCAUCUUCGUUAUCACCCCCACCUACAGCCGGCCGGUGCAGAAAGCCGAGCUGACCCGCCUGGCCAACACCUUCCUGCACGUGCAGAACCUGCACUGGGUGGUGGUGGAGGACUCGCCCCGCAGGACCAACCUGGUGUCCAACCUGCUGGAGAAGGCAGGGCUCAACUUCACUCACCUCAACGUGGAGACGCCCAAGAGCCUGAAGCUGGGGCUGUCCUGGAUCCCGUCCCACACCCCGAGGGGGACCCUGCAGAGGAACCUGGGGCUGCGCUGGCUGAGGGACAGCUUCAGCAGCACCUCCCCACCAGAAGGGGUGGUGUACUUUGCCGAUGACGAUAACACCUACAGCCUGGAGCUCUUUGAAGAGGUAAGAGCCAUAAAACUAUAUGGCACAGGAAGGCAGGACCCAGCUGCCAAGUCUCUUAGGGCCAGGUGUGCUUGCGAAGACCUCUGA